AGUGCGUAAUGUACGAGGUAAUGUAUUGUACCGUAUGGUCUGGCUUUUAGCGAACGAGUUGUCGUUUUGUCAUUGGUUUCGCAGAGAUACUAACUAUCAGAUAGGUAUCAGAUGGUGGUGGAGAUGAGAAGAAAGGUGGCGCCGAUAAUUAUUCCUUCGCGGCUCAUGUAGGUACACACAUACCUCUUAUUAUUGUCCACCUACGUGUCGACUUGCGUCCCGGAGCCAACGUGGCACAGCAUCGAACAUCAAUACACUACCAUGAAGAAGAAGCUUGUUUGCAUUGGGGCAUGCUAUGUCGAUACUAUCCUUGACGUGCCUCAAUACCCGGGCGAGGAUUCCAAAUUACGUGCCACCAAUCUACAAGUCCGUCGAGGUGGCAAUUGUCCAAACACGCUUCAAGUGCUCCAGCAGCUGCUCCCAAUAAGGAGGAAGCAGGAUGAUGAUGGCGGCGGCGGUAGCAGCAAUGGUGGUCAAGACCUAGAACUCAAACCUUACCUGAUAUCAUGCCUGCCUAGGGCCGACACGCCUGCGACGGCAACCAUAACGGGCUCAUUUGGACCGGGAAGCCUGGUCGAUUUCACGAGGUGCAUAUUCCGCGAGGAUCACCACCAGCCCGCGAGCAGCUACAUCAUACGCAGCGAAGCCACCGGGAGCCGCACCCUCGUGAACUACAACGACUUACCUGAGAUGACGAUAGGCGAGUUCGUCGCCGCCGUCGAAGGGAUCGGCGACAACGACGACGAUGUCUGGUUCCACUUCGAGUGCAUUCGGCAUGUAAGGCGGUCGUUCCCCAACGCGAGGGUAAGCGUCGAAGUCGAAAAACCGGGCCGGGAGGGUUUGGAAGAGCUGGCGGCUGAAGCGGACGUUGUGUUCUAUUCGCGGAGCUGGGCUGAGAGUAAGCGGUACGGUAGCGCUCAGCAAUGCUUGAGUGCCCAAUCGGGCGUGGCCCGCAAAGCCACCGUAGGAGCAGGUGACACCUUCAUUGCCGGUAUGCUGUUCGGGCUGCUGUGCCACCACGAGGACUGGGACACCGAGAGGAAAGUCCAGUUUGCUGUGCAGCUGGCUACGCGCAAGGUGCAACGGGACGGGUUCGACGGUCUUGGUCUUUGGUCUUGAGUUGGAGGAGGGGGAGUAAGAGUUACCUACCUAGGAUCUAGGCGCAAGUACCUGGUAUUGAAUAGUCGAUCGAUUUUUAUGAGAUGUGACCGACUAAUUGACUUGUGACGGGCUGGCUGGCGAAGAGGAAACCCCAUGGUCGUGUGACGGGAUGAAAAAUAAAAGACUUCC